AUAAUGUACAAAAAACAGCCAGUUAUUGUAAUGUUAAGAAAGAAGCAGCAAAGAAUGCACAAGAGCAAAGUAGUCACUUAUUUUUAUCUGUACUGCUUAAUAACUUGACAGUUCAAUCUGGACCAGUUAUUCGUGAAGCAAUAGUUGUAGGUGUGAAAGAACAGGCAUUUGAUGUUCUAGUGCCUUAUUUUGGUAUAGAAAAACGGGUGCAUUUGGAUCAAUUGCCUCUAGAAAAAUUCAUCUUCAAUAGUGAAAAGAUGGAGUUAACAUUGGUUUGGAAACAAGGCAUUAGCUCUUUAGAAGCAAUUUCUGAUGACUAUGUAUUUGUUGCUGAAGAGGAAGAAGAGGGCUUGGAGGUUGAUGAAGAGGCACUGCUUGCAGAUGAUAAUGUUGGACCAAAAUCAUGUUCUUUUAUUAUUCCUGCUGAUAAUAACAAUAAUGGACGCAAGAAUAUAACUUUACCAAAGUUUUUAAAUCGUGACAGAUUAGCUAAAUCUAAAAAAUCAAGUAUCGACAACACCAAGAAUGAUACUGUUGCCACUGCAACAUGUAUAACAGAUACUGAAGACACAGGUUCUAGUUGGUUGAAACAUAGUAGUAUUAAUUCUAUAAUAAGUAGAUGGUCAGAAGAUCUUGAUCAAUGCAACCAAACUUUUCAACGGCAAUUAGAAGAAUCACACCAAUUGGAUCAAAAGAUGAUAGAAUUUAAUACAGGGGCAGCAAAUAUCAAUGUAUUAGUAGAGAAAGCUAAAACUAUAAAAUACGACAUCUGUGCAACUUUAAAGGAAAUUUCCAGUAAACAAAUGGCAAUUGACGAGUUUUUGAGCAGCAUGGAAAAAGUUUUUGAAGGAAUUUGUCUUGAGGAUGUAAAUUCAUACGAUUACCAACGAGAAACAAAUUACAAGAACUUUGAAUCCGUGAAUCAAAAAAUAAAUGAUAUGAAUUGCAAUUUACUUACAAUGAUUAAUGAUACCAAUACAAACAUAUUACCAUCGUGUAAUUCUAAUAAUUUUACUGAUAUGAUGAUAGAUGAUCCAGCAGCAAAUAUCAAUGUAUUAGUAGAGAAAGCUAAAACUAUAAAAUACGACAUCUGUGCAACUUUAAAGGAAAUUUCCAGUAAACAAAUGGCAAUUGACGAGUUUUUGAGCAGCAUGGAAAAAGUUUUUGAAGGAAUUUGUCUUGAGGAUGUAAAUUCAUACGAUUACCAACGAGAAACAAAUUACAAGAACUUUGAAUCCGUGAAUCAAAAAAUAAAUGAUAUGAAUUGCAAUUUACUUACAAUGAUUAAUGAUACCAAUACAAACAUAUUACCAUCGUGUAAUUCUAAUAAUUUUACUGAUAUGAUGAUAGAUGAUCCAAUUGAUGGAUUGAUGGAUUUGUUUAAUUCACAACUGGUAUCAUUAGAAUGGAUUGAUUCAUCAGCUAAACAUCUUUCUUUUCUUAUUCAGCAAGCUCAAGAUUUACUUGAUAACUCGCAAGAAGAUUCUUUAUACAAUUUAACAUUUUAA